ACGUGUGUGGUCGAGAUGAGGGUUGACCAAUUUGUCAUUCCUUCACUUCUCUCUUCUUCCAAUUCUUCGUCGUGCUUCUACAGCCGUGCUUGUAACCCAGUAUUGGCGAAUUGGUCUCGUUCAGAACGUGGACUUCGUCAGAACCCGUCAUAUCCAACUUUCUUAGCAGGGAGAUAAUUUUUGUCGCGGGGUAGUGGGGCAGCCCUUUCGAUCUUAUACCAUGUCUUCGCAAGAAACGCCAAAGACCUGUAAGGUCAUCCUCGCGGAAUCAAUUGCCAAAAAGCUACUGCAAGAAGUCCAGGAUACCCUGAAGACUGUUCAACAAGAUGCCGGCAAUCGGCCAACAUUGGCUGCUUUCUUGGCGAAUGAUGAUCCCGCUGCUGUGAAAUAUGCAGAGUAUUCCAAGAAAACCUGUGAAGAGAAUGGAUUCAACUUUGAUCUGCGUCAAGUCAACAAGGAGAAUCUUGAGGAAGAGAUCAUCGCCGCCAACGAAGAUGACAAGGUUGAUGGUAUUCUCGUCUACUAUCCCAUCUUCCCUGGCGACCCCGCCCAUGAUGGAUAUAUCCGGGAGACUGUCUCCCUGUCCAAGGACGUUGAAGGACUCUGCCACAAGCACAUCUCGAACAUGUACCACAAUGUGCGCUUUUUGGAUCCUCCCCAAAACCUGAAGAAGUCUAUUCUGCCUUGCACCCCGCUGGCUGUUGUCAAGAUUUUGGAGCAUCUGCAAAUCUAUAAUCCCAUUUUGUCUUACGGCAACAGGUUGUUUGGCAAGACUAUCACCGUUAUUAACCGGUCUGAGGUCAAUGGCAGGCCGCUCGCUGCUCUUCUUGCUAACGACGGAGCCACUGUUUAUUCCGUCGACAUCACUGGCGUCCAAGUUUUCACUCGUGGCCAGGGUAUCAAAGCGCACCGACACCAGGUCCAGGACAAGGAAGGCUGGGGUUUGGAGCAGUGCAUUCCCAUCAGCGACGUUGUCAUCGGUGGUGUUCCAACUGAGAAGUACAAGGUACCGACGGAACUCGUCAGAGAUGGAGCAGUGUGCAUCAAUUUUUCGUCCUACAAGAACUUCGACGGACCGGCCAUCAAGGAAAAGGCUUCCAUUUAUGUGCCCUCUGUGGGCAAGGUUACCAUUGCGGUCCUGCUCAGGAACUUGGUCAGACUGAUCGCCAACCGUCCAUCGACUAAGGCUGACGGUUCAGCCGAUGAAACCCUGGCGAAGGCCAAGAGCGAGGCUUUCGUUGAUGGCUGAGCUCAGCCGAUACGAGUCGGUAUUGGAUAGAAGCGCAAAUUAGAAAAGUCAAAAUGAUACCCAUAUAGACGACGUGUCAGAUUGUAGUUUGGACGCUGGCUCCUAUCAGACCACUCCCCACAAAGAGAAGGCCUCUGGAAGCACCGUUCAGACUAUAUGUAGUCUUUGCCUCAUUUACGA